CUCAUAUGAAAAUGACCAUAUUACUCCUUUGUUGAAGUUUCAAAACACAGAACUACAUUCCCUAUCCGCUGUCUCCCGUUCCUUCCAUCGUCGUUCCCCUCAACAUGGCGGUCGCACCAUACACGACCGUUUCAACCCCCCGUGUUUAUUCUCCUCCUAGUGUUUCCACCAAAAUCUACUCAGGAUUGAAACUCCAAUCUUCACGUACUUUUGGAGCGUCUUCAAUUUCAUCUAAUGUAAACGCACAGUUUUUUGGUAAAGUUAACAAGGUUCUUAAUUUCAGGUAUGCUAACCAGAAACCAGUAAGGGCACAAAUUCGGAUGAUGCCCAUUGGAACUCCUAGAGUCCCCUAUAGAACACCUGGUGAAGGAACUUGGCAAUGGGUUGAUUUAUGGAAUGCCCUUUAUCGAGAACGUGUUAUCUUCAUCGGACAAGAGAUAGAUGAAGAAUUAAGCAAUCAAAUAUUGGCAACUUUGCUGUAUCUUGACAGUGUAGAUAACUCCAAGAAGCUCUAUUUGUACAUUAAUGGUCCUGGUGGGGAUCUUACGCCAUGCAUGUCUCUCUACGAUACCAUGCAAAGCUUGCAGACUCCUAUAUGCACCCAUUGUAUAGGCCAAGCUUAUGGUCUUGCAGCAUUUCUACUUGCAGCUGGAGAGAAGGGAAAUCGUACUGCAAUGCCUCUUGCAAGAAUUGUUAUCCAAUCUCCAGCAGGAGCUGCUCGUGGUCGGGCUGAUGACAUUCAAAAUGAAGCAGCUGAACUUCUUAGAAUCAGAGAUUAUCUUUUCACUGAGUUGGCUAACAAAACAGGCCAGCCUGUUGAGAAGAUCACCGAAGACUUGAAAAGGGUAAAACGAUUUGAUGCACAAGAGGCCCUUGACUAUGGGCUCAUUGACAAAAUUGUAAGGCCACGGCGCAUAAAAGCUGAUGCACCUCGCAAGGAUGCUGGCUCAGGCAUUGGUUAAGAACUCUUGGUUUACAAUCCAUUUAUAUUACUGAGUAAUAUUUACAGAACCAGAAUGCUUCGCGUUUCAUUUCCAUAGUGAACUUUUGGAAUAUGUAUAAUGUUUGGAUAUCUUGAUGCUCAUUGCUUGAACUCCAAUUCUUACCGAAAGCACUAUUUAAAUUGAAAGUUGUUGUGGAACUUUACAGUAUCCUCUA